UCUAUAACCUCAGGCGUGGGGCUAGGGGCUGGAGACUGAGAGCAGGAAGUCCCAAGGCGGUCAUAGGAGGGGAUCCCAGGAGGCUCCUAAUGGAGCCAUGCAUUUCCAUUGCCUGUGCUAGAUUCCCCCAGGCUGCUGUUGGGGGUGGAGGACUGGGGACAGCAGGUAUAAGAGGCUGGUGUGGCUGUAGGAAAGCGGAUGGCAGCAUGGAUUCCAGGCAGGCUGCUGUGUUGCUGGUGCUGCUGUUAAUGCACUGGAGCCACGCUGAAGGUCCAGGGGUCCAAGAUGGAGACCAUGUCUUCGUGGAGGAAGACAAUGGACCUCUCCUACCACAAGAUGCCCAGACCCCCAGGUCACUCCUGCACUCCCUGCUCCUGGCCAUGGAGAGACCUGGCCGGAGCCCAGCCUUCCUGUUUCAGCCACAGAGGUUUGGCAGAAAUACCCGGAGGACCUGGAACAAUGAACGGCUGAGUCCCCGGGCUGGAGAGGGGCUGAGUUCCCAGUUCUGGAGCUUGGCUGCCCCUCAACGCUUUGGGAAGAAGUGACAUGUCACCGCUUGACAUGUUUGCAUGCAAAGCCCAUACCCAGAAGUGCCACAUGUGCCCCCCAAAUAAAGCUGUCUGGCUUCUGAA